UGUGCCGACAUUACCAGUGAUCCUGUCCUCUCUUCUCCCACUUACUACAAGCCCCUACUCUGAAAUGGAGAAGUACUGCCUGGAUUCCCUUUCCAACAUCUCAGAACAGAAUGGCAUGUUCUGUAACAUCACAUUGCUAAAUGUUACAGGAAAUGACACUGGAACCAAAUCCAUUGAGGACAGACUACUGGAAGUUCUAGGGCCGAAGCGCUCCCCCGUCUUUCUCCCUAUCUCCCUGGUUUACCUGCUCAUCUUCCUCCUGGGCGUGUCUGGCAACCUGCUCACAUGCACAGUGAUAUCCAAACACAAGAAGAUGUGCACCCCCACCAACCUGUACCUGUUCAGCCUGGCUGUGUCAGACCUCCUGGUGCUCUUCUUCGGGAUGCCCCUGGAGAUCUACGACCUGUGGCAGAACUACCCCUUCCCCUUCGGAGAGGGAGUCUGCUACUUCAAGAUCUUCCUCUUCGAGACUGUCUGCUUCGCCUCCAUCCUCAAUGUGACAGUGCUGAGUGUGGAGAGGUAUAUCGCAGUAGUCCAUCCACUAAAAACACGCUAUGUUGCCACCAACAAGCAUGCCAAGCGUGUCAUCAGUGCUGUAUGGGUGUUGUCCCUGGUCUGUGCCAUCCCUAACACCUCCCUACAUGGCAUUUACUACUUGAAUCUCCCGGAGAAGGUGGCAGAGUCAGCCAUAUGCAGUUUGAUAGGUUCCCCGUGGAUCUACAACCUGGUGAUUCUGAUCACCACCGCAUGCUUCUACAUUGUUCCCGUGACGGUGAUCAGCGGGCUGUACCUUGGGAUUGGCAUCAAGCUGGGCAGGGAGCGACACCUCUCCCGGGGGACGAUGCGGGAGAACUGUAGUGCUAACAUCAGCUGGAGAAUCCAUGUGGAGCGAGUGCGCAGGAGACAAGUCACCAAGAUGCUUGCUGUGGUCGUGCUGGUGUUUGCCAUCUGCUGGGCACCUUUCCACAUUGACCGGCUCCUGUGGAGCUGCAUCAUGCAGUGGUCUGUCUGGACAGACCUCAACCAAGCUGUGUACCAGUGUGUGCACCUCCUUUCAGGCAUCCUCUUCUACCUCAGCUCUGCAGUCAACCCCGUUAUCUAUAACCUGCUCUCCACACGCUUCCGGGAAUGCUUCUGGGAUCUCGUCUGCACCCAUACAGAAGACACCACCGCUGGAAAAGACUCCACACCCUCCGCCAAGAUCCUGCUGGUCCCCUCGGGCCCAGUUCCUAAAACCCAGGCCAGGCCCAGUGACCACAACUCCCUCACUCCCCUGUUAUCUCCAACUGGGAACACAGAGAUCACAACACUGACAAGUAAACAUUCAUGCGUGGUAGACUCUGACUUCACUGCUACGGCUUUUUAA